AUGCCCGCCAACCAUAUGGUCUUCAUACCCGUCUCCAUAUCUCAUCUUCGGACCAUGCUACAACUCAUGAUCAACCUCCUCAACCUUCAUCCGUCUCUCAUCAUCACCUUGUUAUCUCUUGAGGUCUACAACAAGAGAUUGGAUCAAGAGUUCGCUCUUCACCCCAAGCAGACAUUGGACGCUGUGAGGGACAGGUAUAGAGUGGUGAUGGUUCCUGAUGGGUUGGACGAUGCCGGGAAUACCUUGCUCGAGAAUUCUGUUUUCUUGGAAAAAGGGAGAGAGAGGGUGGAGGGAUUGAUAAGGGGUGAUGAGGAAGGGAAAUGGGGGAAGAGACCUUGUGCUUUUAUCAUCGAUAUCGAAGAAGCCACGAGAGAUAGAAGGGACGAUGUGAUCAUGAAAGUGUGGGAUAUCUGCAGAGCAGGAGCGAGGGGUAUGAUCAUUGAGAUCACUCAACAAAUGGGUUUACCCAAGAUACCUUGUCUUCGAAUAUGUCCCACGAUGGCUAUGGGAAUUUAUCGGUUUUGUUUCUCUGAUGAGGAAUACGGGAUCGGAGAAAAGCUCUUGGAUCGUUAUGAAAUGUACAAAGCGGAAGGAAUGGAAGAGCUCAGAGCUGCUAACAAGGCGAUACGCUUCAUCCAAGGUAAACUCCUCGAAUGGCCCGAUCUCCCACCGAUGUACGACUACGAAUGGACUAGUCAAGGCGAGACAAUCACAGUCGACUCGAAUUACCUUUUGUUCCAUCAUAUGAUCUACACAACUUUUCAUGAUCUUGAUGGGUACAUCUGUACUUCCAUCCCGGAACUAGACACGAUGGCUUUGAAGGAAAUCGAAAAGUCGCUCGGUAAGCCUGUGUAUGCGGUAGGGCCUCAGUUCAACGAAACAAUAUGGAAUGUGGUAGAACACACCCACCCCUCUGACGCUCAACGAGAUGACAAUCACAUCAUUUCAUUCCUCAACAAGGCGCACAAAGAACAAGGGGAAAACUGUGCCGCUUACAUAAGCUUCGGUACCAGUUUCUGGCCCAACAACCGUCCAGAUCUAAUCGAGAUCAUAAUCGACUCUUUGCUUCUUGCGGAACCUCCCAUUCCGUUCAUUUUCGCUACCGCUUCUAGAGGGAAGAUCACUCAAAAGGUCAUUGACAAGGUCCAUCAAAGCGGAAGAGGUCUCAUAGUGGAUUGGGCACCUCAAGUCCAAGUUCUAAGUCAUCCAGCUGUUGGCAUGUUCUUAACACAUUGCGGAUGUACUUCUCUUACCGAAACUAUCGUCUGUGGUGUCCCCAUUUUGGCUCUUCCUUUCGCUGCUGACCAACCUGCUCUUUCUGCUCAUUUCACGCACAUCAAUCCCAUCGGGAUUCAACUCACCCAGCUACUCACCGGUCUCGUGGGUCGUACUACAGGGCUGGGUGAAUAUGUCGAAGGUACAGAAGAAGCCAUGAGGACCCAAUUAGCCGACGCUUGGACGCGUAUGCGAGGUGAGGAGGGUGACAAGUAUAGAAUGAAAAUUUCGGAGUUGAAAGAAUUGAUGCGGACCGGUGGGGGAAACGAAAGACAUGAUACCAUUUUGAUGAUUGUGAUGAUCUAUGCAGAUGUGUUCAACUGGGUGUGA